AUGCAAGAAUAUUUUUCAAGGCCACCACCGUCUGAGGACUAUGUUCAGUACUGUAUAUACCUUCCUGAUGCCAAAGAUGUUGUCCAUCUUCAACAACAGGCGACAUUGAUUUCUUCAUUUGUGCUGCAAUGGACGGAUGGGUACAUCUGGCAAAAGGACCCUUUUGGUCUAGUAGUCGUCUCUUCAACUCAAACUCAAGCCCAAGAACCUUCAUUUGCAUAUCUCAAGGGACGAACGCGAUUUGGUGAUGCAAUUGAAGACGAAUGGUUUAUCGUGUUUCUGCUACGUGAGAUAUCAAAGCAAUGGCAAGAAGCCGUGAUAAGUGUAUCGGAUUCUGAUGGUGAAUUCUUGCUGAUUGAAGCAGCCAAAGAGAUACCAAAAUGGUUGACUCCUUCAAAUAGUACCAAUCGAGUCUUUCUCCAUAAAGGCCAAUUGCAUAUAAUUCCAAUACCCAAAACUCCUGUUGAACGAGAAGAGUUCCCAUCAGGCAAAUUGACAGUGACUCAGGGCAUUGAAUUGGUCGCUUCGUCAACAACUCCCACUGUCGCAGCAGACAAGGUGCAAGCUGCUGUUUUUGAUCGUAUAUCCUCGUAUCCUGACAAGGCUCGUCAAAACAUUCAUCAUGCUUGUGUCAUGAUUCCACGUGCAGUUGCCAGUGUCUUGAAACGAGAUCCUCAAAUGGUGGCUCCAGCUGUUGAGUCCUUCUAUAUGAGAGAUCCUAUCACCAUGCGAGCCAUCCAUCGAAUGGAACGAUUCCCACCCGCUGAUUCAGUAUCAUGUACUAUACCCGUGACCAGAACGUUAUAUGCUCAACUCGUCGCGCAACGAUUUCAUGCUCCGAAGCCCUUUCGGCUACCUCCAGUCAGUUCACCAGAGUUUAAAGCUGCUGAACUGGGUAUGAAGUUAGCUUGUGGUAUGGAAAUGUUGGCUGCUGAGAAACCACGAUCGUCUGCAACGCAUACUGAGAAUGCCACUCUGGAUACAUAUGAUUUUGAUCGAGAUGAUGAAUAUAUCAGGUUUCGGAAUAGACUCUCGCAGCUGGGAUACUUCAAGGGAGAAACGCAAGGAUCCAAGCUGUAUCAACAAUUAGAGAUUGUUGCAAAAGAGCAGCAUCUUCGAGACAAGGACGGAGAUGAGCAACAACCCGAACACCCAUCAUUGAAAUUGUCGCGUCUCUUGUCACUUCCAUUGAUACAAGAUGCCGAACUAGACACUACUCCAGAAGACUCGGAUGCUUGGAUGGACAUGAAUGCUUCAGAUUUAGAAGCCGCAUUUGCGGCUCGACGUGCUGUUGUCAAUUUCAGAGAUUCUGACGAAGAGGAAGAAGAAUCAGACGAAGAUAGUAGUGAUGACGAGGCUGAUGUUCCUCGCCGUUAUCAACGAAUGAAGGAAGAACUUCAAGCAGAGGAUGUUGAUGAGGACGAUGAAGACGGUGAAUGGGAGGAUGAAGACAUGGAGGAGCGUGAUGGUAUGUCGAAUAUAACGAACAUGGUUCGACAAUUGGAAAUUUUUAUGAGUGGACAAUCUGGAUUGGAUGGCGUUGAAAUGCUAGAUGAAUUCGAAGACGAGGAUGAUGAAGACGACGACAUCCUUGGAGAUGAGGACGAGGAAGACGUCUUACGUCAAAUCAGCCUCGAUCCAGACAGUUUUCUUCGUGAAAUGGGUCGAGCACUAGGUAUGCCUAUGGACGAGCUACGUCCCAAUCGAGCCUCAUCAUCUAGAAGCGGUCCAACCAUCACUGAAAUCACUUCAGAUGACGACGACGAAGAAACAUUACUUCCUGCUGAUCCUAUGUCUGGCCCACAACCACCUAAACCACCACGUACAUAUAACAGUAAAGAACCAAAGACGACCAAUAUGAGUGAUGACUCGGACGAAGACACUGAAGCUGAUAUAGAAGCAUAUAUGAAGGCCAUGGAUCGUGAAUUGUUUUCAACACGACUAGCCCGUGAUUUUGAACGUGUUGAAAAGAGUAACUUGAAAAAGACGAAAAAGACUAGACAGCCAGAUUCAGAUGAUGACGAUGAUGACACUACAUCAGAUGAAGAUGACGAGUACAUGCCUAUAGAUAUGGAUGUAAAUCUGGUCAAGAAUAUGUUGGAAAGCUUCCAAGCUCAAGAUGGUUUACCUGGUCCAACGUCUACAUUAUUUGAAUCGAUGGGGGUUGCGUUGCCUCGACCAGAUCAUUAUGAGGAAGACGAGGCAGAGGAAGGUGAUAUGGUAGAGAAGCGUGGUGUUGGUAGUGUAAAAGCUGCUGCAUCAUCAUCAGCUUCCAAACAGAGGAAACGAAGCAGGCCCUAA